AGAACUGUGAAGUUAUUUAAAAGUAUGACGAUGUUAGGCUGUCAUUUGAGUCUGUUAGUUUAACAAAACAUCGAGCUUUUCGUGGAGUUAUCAGCCCUAACGGAGGGUGAGGAGGUUACAUAAACGCGACAGCUGGAGCUCUUUGACGUAACUGAUAUUCAAUCAUGGAUCUGGUGCUGAAUGUUGCAGACUACCACGUCCUCACCCCGUACGUGUACCCCGCGUCGUGGCCCGAGGACGGGGCCCUGCGGCAGAUCAUCAGCCUGCUGGUGCUGACCAACCUCGGGGCUGCCGUCCUGUACCUGGGCCUCGGAGUCAUCGCCUACUUCUUCGUCUUCGACCAUAAUCUGAUGAAACACCCGCACUUCUUGGAGAAUCAAGUCCAGAGGGAGAUCAAAUAUGCAAUGACCUCUCUUCCCUGGAUCAGCAUUCCCACGGUGGCCUUGUUUUUCGCUGAAGUUCGAGGAUACAGCAAACUGUACGACAAUGUCAGCGACUCUCCGCUGGGUUGGCCCGGCCUCUUCCUCAGUAUGAUGUCCUUCCUUUUUUUCACCGACAUGUGUAUCUACUGGAUCCAUCGCUUCCUGCAUCAUAAGCUGAUCUACAAGUUAUUCCACAAGCCGCACCACUUAUGGAAGAUCCCCACUCCCUUCGCCAGCCACGCCUUCCAUCCAGUGGACGGCUUCAUGCAGGGUCUCCCGUACCACAUCUACCCGUUCCUCUUCCCCCUCCACAAGGUGCUCUACCUGGCCCUCUACGUUUUCGUCAACAUCUGGACCAUCUCCAUCCACGACGGGGACUACCGCGUCCCCAGCGGUCUGACGGACGUCAUCAACGGCUCCGCCCACCACACUGACCACCACCUGUUCUUCGACUACAACUACGGACAGUACUUCACUCUGUGGGACCGCCUGGGGGGCUCCUACAGGUACCCCUCCGCUCUGAUGGGGAAGGGUCCUCAUGAUCUGAUCCGGAAACUUCAAGCAGAGGGGAAGUUGGGGGAUGACGGAGUGAAGGCGAACGGGCAGGGGAACGGACACGCUCAGAGAUCUAAGGAGGAGUAAGAGUGGAUCUUUUCUGAAAGUGAUUUUUAUUUUUGUAAGGACAAUGAACUCUACAGAUCCUCAGCCUGGAAACAUGUCAGAACUUCACUUUAAAUUCUUGCCAAAUAAGAUGAUUUGAGAUGUUACUGUGGGAUAAAAUGAACACACGUCUUACCUUUAGGUGAUGUCAAGAGCAAGCUAUGGAUUUACAUCAAUCAUGCCAAUAGAUACAGAGCACACUGACGUCUGGAUUUUUGCAUUAUUGUCUUGCAGUGCAUAUAUUCUGAGAGCUGGAUGAUUCAGUGAAUCUCUUCUUAUUCCACAGACGAGAUUAGCACACAAACUUUUUUGCAAAUUCAUGCUGGACAGGAAUCAGAUUCGGGCCCUAUAGCUGCUCUAAUGUUCAGCACAGAUUAUGAGGUAAUAUGAGGAUUUACAGAUCCAAUCUUAAAACCUCCUAAAUGACUCGCUGAUUCAUCGAUGCUGCCCAAUUAAUUUAGGAUUCCACACUGGAUGGAUAAUAAUACUUUCUAAGCCUGACCAUAUCAGCAAAUAACAAAGUUAGGUAGUUUAUUGAAAGAAAACUAACAGAAUGAAAAUUACGACAGCAAAUUGUUGUCAGUCUCUUCUCUGUUUGCAUGAAUUUGGUUCGGAUGGAAGGCAUUUUUUAUACUCGUAUUUUAGUUAAUCAACUUCUGAUAAUUAUGGUAAGCCUUGGAGCCUUGGGAAUGCGUUCACAAAGGAUCAGUUUCAUGUAAAUCUUGGAUAAAACUUAGUUUGUCACUUAGAAUAAAAAUGUGUAAAACCCCACUGUUAUUAACAAUCUGGAGGUUUACUCACAGGACAAGGUGACAGAGUACUGUAGUUUACUUCCAGAUGCUCAGUGUUGCUUCCUCAGGCAGAGAUCUUAAGGCCUCUUGGUGCAGGUUAGAAGUUAAAAGGCUACUAAGGGGAAAAUGUUGUGCAGCUAACAGCAUCCAGUGGAUGUUGACAUGUAAGCAUCGGCCAUAAACAAGCAACAUUUUUCAUCCAUUUUUAAUCAGCUCAGUCAUUUGAUAGCUGCAGAUUUUAUCAUUAAAAGCUGUAGUCAGGGUGCAGGUGGAGUAGUGGUUGGUGCCCUGACCAGUGUGCGGGGACUGUGGUCCUUCAAGUGGGCAGCCCAGGUUCGUGUCAGACCCCACCCCCCUGGUAUCUGACUCUGUCCACUGUUCUAUCUCUAAAGUAAAGGCGUAAAAAAAGCCCCCAAAUAAACCCUAAAAAAACAAAAGCUGUAGUCAACAUUAAGUGUCACAAACACUAAAAUCAUGAAUUGUGAGUCAGACUUAAAGGAUAAAACUCUACAGGUGCUGUAAUUGUUUCCUGGAAAAUGACUCUUGAAUACUUUGCUCUUCUUGAACUCUUAAAAUCAAAUCGGUCUAGUCAGCAGCGAGAAAUCUGAUUGGUGAACUAAACUUGGUGCCACUAAUGGAGACAAAAACUUGCUUUGAUUGGGCGACAAAUGUAUCAUUUUAAGCUAAAAAAAUGUGAUGAGAAAACUUUGUUGGGUUUGUUUGUUGCACAUUCUCCAAGCAUUGUUCAUGUACACUAAUGCUAAUUACAAGGCCCCGAUCAUAAUUACAGAACAGAUGUUAGCGGUACAGGAAUCAGUGAUCUGGGAAAUUCUGGAGUUAAUUCCAUUAACUUUAGUGUUUUGUAGUUUCUUAUCAAAGUUUUCCAGUGGGUGAACAUGGAUGCAAACGGAGGAAGAUAACAUUAUUUAGCUACAUUUUAAUUACACGCUUCAUGUUUUCUUUCUUUCGAUUGAAAAGUUUGCAUUAUUAACAGUUUGAGAACUUAAAAAAAAACCUCUGCUAUCACUGUUCUUGAACAGAAAGAGUACUUAGAAGAUGAAAAUAAAUGAUUCAUCCAUUUUAAAAUGA